AUGGUCGAGCAACUUGUGCCCUUCAAUCAAUUGCGUGAUGAUGUUGAUGGUCGUGGUACAUGGCGGCAGUGCCGGGUGAGAAGCACAGCUUCGUUCCAAUGCAGCCCAGUUUCUUUCGCUGGCGGCUUCGGCGCCGUCUACAAGGGCGUCCUCCCCGACGGCACCGUCGUCGCCGUCAAGCGCACCAUGCAGCGGAUGCAGAGCCCUCACGUGGACGUGGAGUUCCGGAGCGAGAUCAAGAUCAUGGCGCGCAUGGAGCACCAGAGCCUGGUCCGCUUUUACGCCUACAUGGAGUGCGGCGAGGAGCGCAUCGUCGUCGUCGAGUACGUCCCCAACGGCACCCUCCGGGAGCGCCUCGACAGGUGCAACGGGAGGUUCCUGGACUUUGGGACGCAGCUGGACAUCGCCAUCGACGUCGCGCACGCCGUCACCUACCUGCACAUGUACUCCGACCACCCCAUCAUCCACCGCGACAUCAAGUUCUCCAACAUCCUCCUCACUGACUCGCUGCGCGCCAAGGUGGCCGACUUGGGCUUCGCCCGCCUUGGCGCCGGCCUGGGCGCCGGCGCCGCCGGGGAGGCCACGCACGUCACCACCCAGGUGAAAGGCACGGCGGGGUACCUGGACCCGGAGUACCUCAAGGCGUGCCAGCUCACGGACCGCAGCGACGUCUACUCCUUCGGCGUGCUCAUCGUGGAGCUCGCCUCGGCGCGCCGCCCCAUCGAGACCAAGCGCGAGUUGAAGGAGCGCCUCACCUCGCGCUGGGCCAUGGCAGGUUCAUCGGCGGCGCCUCCGCCGAUGUGCUGGACCCGUACCUCGCACGCCCGCCCGCCGUGGAACGCGCGCUGGAGAUGGUGCUGGUGCUCGCGUUCCGGUGCAUGGGCCCCGUCCGACAGGACAGGCGCGCCAUGA